AAUCCGGGCGGGCGCUGGCGGCGAGCAGGGCAGAAUGGGCUGUAGUUUAGUGAAAUAGGAAAGCUGCAAACAGUGUGGAGUGUUCCUGGUGUAAAUAAAAGGGGGAAAAAAAAGUUUCUGCAAGUCGCAGCUCUGCAGCCUCGCGCAGGCACUGGCACGGGGGCUCGUGCGUGGCAAAAAAACCAACACACUGGACUUUACUGUGCUGCGUUAACACGCUCUUCCUAUUGUUUGUGUUUUUUUCAAAAUAUGGCAAAGGUUCAGGUGAACAAUGUAGUGGUGUUGGAUAAUCCUUCUCCUUUCUACAAUCCUUUCCAAUUCGAAAUCACAUUUGAGUGCAUAGAGGACCUGUCGGAAGAUUUGGAAUGGAAAAUAAUUUAUGUGGGUUCAGCUGAAAGUGAAGAGUAUGAUCAGGUGUUAGACUCCGUUUUAGUAGGACCUGUUCCUGCAGGCAGACACAUGUUUGUAUUUCAGGCUGAUGCACCUAAUCCAGGGCUUAUUCCAGAUGCAGAUGCAGUAGGUGUAACAGUUGUACUAAUUACAUGCACCUAUCGAGGUCAAGAAUUUAUUAGAGUCGGCUACUAUGUAAACAAUGAAUAUACCGAAACAGAACUGAGAGAGAAUCCACCAGUAAAGCCAGAUUUUUCUAAGCUUCAAAGGAAUAUUUUGGCAUCUAAUCCCAGAGUCACGAGAUUCCACAUUAAUUGGGAGGACAACACUGAAAAACUGGAAGAUGCAGAGAGCAGUAACCCAAAUCUACAGUCACUGCUUUCUACAGAUGCAUUACCUUCAGCAUCAAAGGGGUGGUCAACAUCAGAAAAUUCAUUAAAUGUUAUGUUAGAAUCUCAUAUGGACUGCAUGUGACUAACCACCAUCAUUUUGGUACUGUACAUGUGUUAAACUGUAAAAACAACCAGAACUAUUUCCCUCAAAUUCCAUAAGUACAUAGUUGACAAGCAAUGUGACAAACUUGUUUUAAAACAUCCUGUAGAAAGUUUAUAAAAAAAACCCAAAAAACAAACAAACAGUAUUUGAGCAAAUUGUGGAAUAUAAAUACAACUAUUUUUAAGUAAUCGCCUUUUUUCUCUAAUGUGUUAUUCUAUGUGGUCUAAACCAAACCUGAUUAAAGUAUACAUAUUCUCCCCCCUCCCCCUUUACUUUGUAAGCACUAUUAAAAGCUAAAAAACUGAAAGUUAAAACAUUUAGGCAAAAUGAAGGAAUAAUGCCAUGUCCUCAUCUCUGAUAUCCAGAUUGCCAAAUAUGAAGUGCCCUUUGAUAGCAGCUUAAGAACAAAACUGUCAUUAGAUGAAGUGCAAAGAAAAAAGUAUCUCUUUCUUUAAAAAAAAAAAAAAGUCCAAAAAUGUCCUCUUACUGUGAAAGCAGACAGCACAGUAUAAUUUUAGGUGCAAACUUCUAUUGCUUUCUAAGGCACAUACUUGUUACUUAAAGCAUGCAAUUUGAGAUUUACCAUCUGCUAUCUUGGA